CACAACACCCACCCUCCACCGCGACAACAUCAUCGACUCCGCCUGGUUCGCGUGCGGAAUCGCUGUCAUCGAGACACACUGCCACGGGAGGACAACUCGCGCGCUCUUUCGGUCGCUGGCGGGCCACGAUUGACACCACGAGCCGCACGUCACGGUCGCACCACACCCAUUCUUACCGCGCCAACUGCGCCGCCAUUUCAUCCGCGAGCAUCGACGAACCACGCAUAUCGGCGAAAGAACGGCGCGACGGAGUGGUUUUGAGUGUCUGAGGCGCGGCGCCCGCCUUCACGAGGCUGCGCGGUGUUGACAGGGGAGUGAGGUGGCGGAUAGCGAGCGAAGGCAGUGGAGAGCGCACGAAGCGCAUCGAUUCGCACCACGACAAGGCGCGACUCUGAUUGAGAUUUGGAGACGGCCAGCACGCUGCUCGAUCGACUCGCGAACACAGCUGUUUCACCUACCCAACCGCGAACAUGGCGAACUUCGUGCAUUCGGACGCGCCCCUCAAGACGGUGCAGGAGAUCCAAUUCGGACUCUUCUCGCCCGAAGAGAUUAAGAGCAUGAGUGUCUGUCACAUCGAGUAUCCCGAGACCAUGGACGAGCAGCGCAAUCGCCCACGCGAGAAGGGUUUGAAUGACCCCAAGCUCGGCACGAUCGACCGCGGCCAGAUGUGCGCCACUUGCGGUGAAAGCCAGACAGAAUGCCCCGGGCAUUUUGGCCACAUCGAGCUGGCGGUCCCCGUCUACCACGUUGGGUUCAUCACCAAGAUCAAGAAGAUCCUUGAGUCGGUCUGUCACAACUGUGGAAAGCUUUUGGAAGAUGAACGCAACCCACAGUUUGCGCGCGCCAUCAGACUUCGUGAUCCAAAGCAACGCUUCCACAGAAUCACGCAGCUGUGCAAGCCGAAGAUGGAUUGUCAACCAGACGAGGCGGAGUCUGAAGAUAAAAACUUUGGUGAAGACCCGAAGAAGCCCAAGGCUCCUGGCCACGGUGGUUGCGGCAACGUACAGCCCACCAUUCGCAAAGAUCAGUUGAAGCUGGUUGGCACCUGGAAACUGCCCAAGAAUGAGGAUACUGGAGAGGACGCGGGCCCAGAGAAGAGAGUCAUCACUCCUCUUCAGGCACUGCAGGUCUUUCGUCUGAUUCCUGAGAUCGAUCUUCAACGCUUAGGUCUGAAUUUGGACUAUGCACGACCAGAGUGGAUGAUCUUGACUGUGCUACCGGUGCCACCGCCAGCUGUGCGGCCCAGCAUUUCUGUGGACGGCACCAGCCAAGGCAUGCGAUCUGAGGACGACUUGACUUACAAACUGUCCGACAUCAUUCGCGCCAACUCGAACGUGCGGAGAGCAGAGCAAGAAGGCUCUCCUGCUCACAUCACGGAAGAGUUCACUCAACUCCUGCAGUACCACGUGGCCACUUACAUGGACAACGAUAUUGCCGGACUGCCCAAAUCUAUUCAGAAGUCUGGUCGCCCCCUCAAGGCCAUUCGUGCUCGUCUCAAGUCGAAGGAGGGUCGUCUGCGUGGUAACCUGAUGGGUAAGCGUGUCGACUUCUCCGCACGUACUGUCAUCACUGGAGACCCAAAUCUGGAUCUCGACCAAGUCGGUGUUCCUCGAUCUACAGCAAGAAUCUUGACAUUCCCAGAGCGUGUCACAGACUACAACAAGCGCAAGCUGACAGAACUCGUACGGAACGGUCCCAGCGAGCAUCCUGGAGCGAAGCACAUCAUUCGCGAUGACGGUUCGAGAGUCGACUUGCGCUACCACAAGCGUGCAGGAGAGAUCGAGCUUCAAAAUGGAUGGAUUGUCGAGCGCCACAUCGUCGACGGUGAUUAUAUCAUCUUCAACCGUCAGCCGUCGUUGCACAAGGAAUCCAUGAUGGGUCACAGAGUCAAGGUGAUGCCGUACUCGACUUUCCGCCUCAAUCUUUCGGUCACGUCACCAUAUAACGCCGAUUUCGAUGGAGAUGAGAUGAACUUGCACGUGCCACAAAGUCACGAGACGAGAGCGGAGGUGGCCAAUCUCUGCGCUGUGCCGCACAAUAUUGUGUCACCGCAGAAGAACGGCCCUCUGAUGGGUAUCGUGCAAGACACCAUGGCAGGUAUCUACAUGAUGACCAAGCGAGACACCAUGAUGGACUAUGAGCAGGUUAUGAACAUCCUGCUCUGGGUACCCAACUGGGACGGCGUUGUGCCUCCACCUGCGAUUCUCAAGCCAGUACCACGUUGGACUGGCAAGCAAAUCGCCUCCUUGGCUCUGCCAUCUGGACUCAACAUCAUGAAGAUUGGCGACGAUGAGGACCACAUCUCCCUUGCCGAAGCCGAUUCGUCGAUCCUGAUUCAGAAUGGCGAGCUCAUCUGGGGCCGUCUCACAAAGAAGCUUGUCGGUGCAUCGGGAGGUGGUGUCGUCCAUCUCAUCUUCAAUGACCGGGGGACUGAUGCCACCGUCGAGUUCUUCAACGCAGCUCAACGAAUUGUCUGCUAUUGGCUGUUGCACAACGGCUUCAGUGUUGGUAUUGGAGACACUGUUCCAGACGCAGACAUGGUCUUGGCCAUCGAACAGAACAUCGUCAAAGAGAAGGCCAUCGUCGAUGGCUACAUGCGUGAGGUGCAAUCAGACGAGAUGGAAGCACUUCCAGGUAUGACCAUUCGGGAGACCUUCGAGUCGCAAACGAAGGCCGCGCUCGAUAACGCCCGUAACAAUGCCGGUGAUGCGGCUUACAAGGGCAUGAAGCCGUGCAACAACGUUGGAGUCAUGGUCAAGGGUGGUUCCAAAGGCUCGACUACCAACGUCUCUCAAAUGACUGCAGCUGUGGGCCAGCAGUCGCUCGAAGGCAAGCGCCUUCCCUUUGGUUUCAAGGACCGUGUCUUGCCACAUUUUCCGAAGGAUGAUUACUCGCCGGCAUCUAGAGGAUUCGUCGAGAACUCUUACCUUCGCGGUCUCACACCUCAGGAGUUCUUCUUCCACGCAAUGGGUGGUCGUGAGGGUCUGAUCGAUACUGCUGUCAAGACCGCUGAAACCGGAUACAUUCAGCGUCGUCUCGUGAAGGCUCUGGAGGAGAUCAUGAUCAAGUACGAUGGUACCGUCCGCAACUCUCUGGGCGACAUUUUGCAGUUCGUCUACGGCGAAGACGGUUUGGACGCCACUUUCAUCGAAGGCCAGGCGCUGUCGAUCAUCAAGCAGUCACACUCUGCCUUCGAUAAGAAGUACAAGAUUGAUGUCAUCAACCCAACGAGCAAGAACCAGACGCUAUCGCCCAACGUCCUCGAGACCGCUGGUGAGCUGCAAGGUGAUGUCGAGGUGCAAGAACUGUUCGACCAGGAGUACGAGGCCAUCAGAAAUGAUCGUAUCAAGAUUCGUCAAGGUCUGGACGAUCCUUCUGAUCAGCGUUUCCUGCCGCUGAACAUCUCCCGCAUGAUUCAAAACGCGAGAGACAAGUUCAAGAUCAACGACAACAGCAAGAGCGAUCUCGAUCCUCGUGAGACUAUCCCUAAAGUCGCGGCUCUGCUCGACAGGCUCAAGAUCAUUCGUGGCGAUGAUGCGCUGACACUGGAAGCUGAUCUGAAUGCCACACUCCUGUGCAAGGCUCUCUUCAGAUCGAGAUUGGCUUUCAAGCGCCUUGUCAACGAAGACAAGCUCAGCAAACUUGCACUUGACAACAUCUUGGGCGACAUUGAGAAUCGCUUCUUGCGUGCUUUGGUCAGUCCGGGAGAGAUGGUCGGUGUCCUCGCUGCACAAUCCAUUGGUGAACCUGCCACUCAGAUGACGCUCAAUACGUUCCAUUUGGCUGGUGUCACUGCAAAGACGACUACAAAGGGUGUGCCGCGUCUCAAGGAGAUUCUGAACGUUGCCGACAACAUCAAGACACCCAACAUGAGGGUGUACCAAGAAGCGCAUAACACAACCAAGCAAGACGCCGCCAAACUUCUUCGGUCCAAGGUUGAAUUCACCAGCUUACGUAAUGUUACUGACGCGGCAGAAAUCUACUAUGAUCCUGAUGUGCGAGACACGGUUAUCGACGAAGAUCGGGACAUGGUCACCUCGUACUUCAUCGUCCCAGAUGACGCGGAGAACCCAGAUGCUCAAAGCAAGUGGAUGUUGCGAUUUGUGCUCGGUCGACGACAAUUGCUCGAUAAGGGUCUGACCGUCACGGACGUCGCGCACAAGAUCCAGGAGACCUACCAGAAGGAUGUGGCUGUCAUUUUCUCUGACGACAACUCCGAUGAGAUGGUGAUCCGCGUGCGUAUGGUGCAUGGAGCCGACAAAGACGAUGAGGGCACAGAGACCAACGAGGAUGACACGUUGAAGCAACUGUCUGAACACAUGCUUGACAACGUCGUCCUGCGCGGAGUUGCUGGCAUCCGACGUGUGUUCGUGUCCAAGGAUCUGAGCAUGGUCGAGGAGGCCGACGGCAAGCUGGUCAAGAGCAAGAACGACAAAGCCUGCGAAGAAUGGUACCUCGACACAGAUGGCAUCAAUCUCAAGAAUGUCCUCGCCGUCGAUGGCGUGGACAGCACCCGCACGACUUGUAACCACUUCCAGUCAAUUAGGGAUGUUUUCGGCAUUGAGGCUGUGCGAGCUUCCUUGAUGCGCGAAUUGAAGGACGUGCUCACCAACGAUGGUUCGUACGUCAACCACCGACACAUGGCUAUUCUUUGCGACGUCAUGUGCGCACGAGGCGAGCUGAUGGCCGUCACGAGACACGGUAUCAAUAAGGCCGACACUGGUGCCCUUAUGCGUUGCUCUUUCGAAGAGACUGUCGAAAUUCUGUUCGAUGCCGCUUCUUCUGGCGAACUGGAUGACUGUCGAGGUGUUUCCGAGAACAUCAUUCUUGGCCAGCUCGCUCCAAGCGGAACUGGUGAAUUUGACGUUCUGCUCGACACUGAGAUGCUCAAGGGCGUCGUUCAAAAGACCCAUGCGAUGCCAAUGGGCGUCGGUGGCGGCGCCAUGUCUCCAAUGGCAGAGGGAGCGAUGACCCCGUACGACAUGGGCUCGCCGAUGUCUGAGAGCGGCUUUGCUGGUCCUGACUAUGGCGCGUCCUUCUCACCGAUCAUCAAUCCUGGCCAGGACGAGGGCGGUGGUCUUACUGCCUAUGGCGGUGGCUUGGAUGGUGGCAUGAGCCCAUACAGAGGCGGUAUGAGUCCAGGUUACGCGCCUCAGAGCCCCUUCAGCGGCAUGUCUCCUGUCUCCCCAGGCUACGCCGGCGGAUAUUCGCCAACGAGUCCGAGCUACGGUGGUGGCUAUUCGCCCACCUCACCGGGAGUCACUCUCACGAGUCCUGCAUAUCAGAUGGGCUCUCCUUCAGGGCAAUAUUCGCCCGCAUCACCGGCCUACAGUCCAACGAGCCCGAGCUACUCGCCUUCGUCUCCAACUUGGUCUGGUAGCGGUGGCAGCAAGGUGUCUCCUACCUCGCCGAACUAUUCGCCAACGAGCCCAUCCUAUUCGCCCACGUCACCGAAUUACAGUCCCUCCAGUCCAAACUUUUCUCCAACAUCACCAAUGGCUGGCAGCGCGACUUCUCCGAAAUAUUCUCCCACUUCGCCGCAAUACUCGCCCACGUCACCGCAGUACUCUCCCACCUCACCUGCUUACGGUGGCAGAGGUGGCGCAAGCAGCACUUCGCCAACCUCGCCCGGCUACAGUCCUACAUCGCCUCAGUGGUCGCCCACAUCCCCCAGCGCGAACAAAGCCUCGCCAACCUCUCCGCAAUAUUCACCAACCUCUCCUCAGUACUCUCCCAAUUCUCCAAAAGAGUGAUCGAUGCAUAAUUAUUUUAAACAGCGAAAUCACUGUGCUUUUGCACAUGUACUAUACAUCCAGCGUUCAGCAUUGCGACCGGAGUUUGUUUUCUUGGACAUAGAGAAAGAUGAAGCGAAUCGAGAAAAAACCACACGAUGAGAGGAUGGGAGGAAGAUACAAUGGGCGAAUUGCGCGCAGCGACACAUGCUGCUGAAAGUUUUUGAUGUCUUGUUGCGCGUCUUACGGAGGACGUUGGGCGCCCGUCUUUAUGCUGCGCGAGGUUGACACUCGGCUAAUGCGAUAGUACCGGUGGAUGAGACCUUGAGGAUUACACACAUGACGCAACUGGUGAUGCGGGCUGGAUAGCAGAUCCGAAGACACGCCAGAGAUGAGAUAAAAUGAAAAUGCAAAUGCAGCGAGAGCUGCUUGAGUGCAAC